GUCGCGCCAGUGCCUGUACAGAGCCUGUAGCUGCUGCAGAACAACUAAUAUUGAAUCGCCCGACCGUCCCUAAGCCCUCUCGAGAGCCGCCGAAUGCGUCCAAUAUGGUUACUAGCAGGUCCCAGAGCCGCAAGAUGCAGCCUCCAAAGCCACCAACACGCGCGCGCAAGUCGGUCCAGAGAACUAGGAUAGCCCAGUCGUUGACUGACGCGCCAGUGACGGCGUCAAGAGCAAAGUCGACGCCCAAGACAAGGCCGGCGCUAAAGGCGAGGCUGGCGGAGAAGCUGUCGAAGGCGCCGGCGUCAAAACCAGCGUCAAAAUCAGCGCCGAAGUUGACGUGAGGCUCUUAGAGCGGACGCGAGAAGCCGCUCGGGGGACAGAGGAUACUAUAAGCGUUAGCAGUGGCUCUUUGUCGCUGUCAGAGGUGGACUUUAGGGCUCGCUCUCUAGAGGCGCAGGUCGACAGAGGAUAUUGAGGUGCUAGAUCUAGUUGAGCCAGCCACCGCGCGUCGAGCUCUGCCUGUUUUACCCUCGUCACCGCCGGUCGUAGCCUCUCCAAUAGUUGCCAGAGCUGCAUUGCCACCAGGACAGACGCCAGCACGCUUCAACGACUCUCAUAUUUUAUCCUCCUCGCCGUCGCGGCCCAGGUACGACUUUUUAAUAGAUAUUGACCC